AUGGCAACGAGCACCCCGGACUACUCGUUCCUCCCGCCGAACCUGAUCCCGGACGCCGCGAACCCGGCAUGGAUGAACAAAGGCGACAACGCAUGGCAGCUGACCGCGGCCACGAUGGUGGGGCUGCAGAGCAUUCCGGGGCUGGUGAUCCUGUACGGAAGCAUCGUGAAGAAGAAGUGGGCGGUGAACUCGGCCUUCAUGGCGCUUUACGCCUUCGCGGCGGUGCUGAUCUGCUGGGUGGGCUGGGGCUACCAGAUGUCGUUCGGGAACAAGUUCGCGCCGUUCCUCAACAAGAUCGACGACGCGCUCGACCAGCACGUGCUCCUCAAGCAGUCGUUUGGUGGAUACAAGUUCCCUACCGCUACCAUGCUCUACUUUCAGUUCGUCUUUGCCGCCAUUACCCUCAUCCUCAUCGCUGGCGCCCUCCUCGGGCGGAUGAGCUUCUACGCCUGGAUGGCCUUCGUCCCUCUCUGGCUCACCUUCUCCUACACCAUCGGCGCUGCCAGCAUCUGGAGCCCCAACGGCUGGCUAGCCAAGAAGGGCCUCAUUGAUUACUCCGGCGGCUACGUCAUCCACCUCUCCUCUGGCGUCGCCGGCUUCACCGCCGCCUACUGGGUGGGGCCGAGGGAGACUAAAGAUAGGGAGAGGUUCCCCCCGAACAACAUCCUGCUGAUGUUGGCUGGGGCGGGGCUGCUGUGGAUGGGGUGGACCGGGUUCAACGGUGGUGAUCCUUAUAUGGCCAGUAUAGACGCCUCGCUUGCCGUGCUCAACACCCACGUCUGCGCCGCCACUAGCUUGCUCACUUGGUUGCUCUUGGAUAUCAUAUUCUUCGAGAAGCCAUCCGUCAUCGGGGCCACGCAAGGGAUGAUCACCGGAUUGGUUUGCAUCACUCCUGCUGCAGGGGUUGUGCAAGGAUGGGCCGCCAUCAUAAUGGGCAUCCUCUCCGGCUCGAUCCCGUGGUUCACGAUGAUGGUCCUCCACAAGAAAGUAUGGCUUCUCCGCCAAGUCGACGACACAAUGGCCGUAUUCCACACACACGCAGUGGCCGGAACCCUAGGCGGCCUCCUCACCGGGUUCUUCGCCAACCCAAGGCUUUGCCACCUCUUCUACCUCGUCGACAACUACGAGCACUACAUAGGCUUGGCCUACGGCAUCCACAAUGGAAGAGCUGGCGCCGGCUUCAAGCAAAUGGGCAUCCAGAUCCUCGGAGUCGUCUACAUCCUCGUCCUCAACGUCGUUGUCACCAGCAUCAUAUGCAACCUCAUCAAGCUCGUCAUCCCGCUCAGGAUGUCGGACGAGCAGCUGCGUUUGGGCGAUGAGGCCGUGCAUGGGGAGGAGGCGUACGCGCUCUGGGGCGAUGGCGAGAAGUUCGAGCGCUCCGUGCACAACUCUGUUUAUGGAGGGGAUCAGGAGCUUGGAGCUGUGCAACACAAAGUAUGA